CUUUUUCUUAUUUUAUAAAAACUAAAUAUAUUCCGUUUUGUGAAUGAUAAGUUUUAAACAUCUGCAAAUCAUUAAGAUGAUGAGAAUAAAAGACUACGUUUUCUUUACAUAUUUUGGUUUUAAAUUCCAAUUUUUAAUAAUUACAUAACGAAAGUUUACUAUUUAGAUCUCCAUUUAGUUAAUUAAAAAGUUUGAUUUAAUAACAUAUUAGUUUAAUAAUCUCUAUAACACACAGUAGAUUUGUAUGUAUGGAAAUAAAUUAAACACAAAGAGAGAAGUGAAUGUAAACCUGAAAUGUUGGAUCUGGAGGAUUAAUUUAAAUGCUAUAACUUAAAGAUUAUCAACAGACAAGAUGACUCUGCCGGAUCUUGUGUCCAGUCUAUCGUCCAAUCCGUACUUUGGCGCUGGCUUUGGAUUAUUCGGCGUUGGAGCAGCAGCUGCCAUUUUAAGGAAGGGUCUGCAGGGGGGACUAAUACUGUUCCGGCGACACUGCAUGAUUACGCUGGAAGUGCCAUGCCGGGACAAAUCCUACCAGUGGCUGUUGAAAUGGAUUACAAUCCGAGGCGCCCGCAAAACGCAACAUCUAAGUGUGGAAACCACCUUUCUGCAAAGCGACAGCGGCCAGAUAAAGACCACCUAUGACUUUAUACCCAGCAUUGGCAAGCAUCUGUUCAGCUACAAGGGGAACUGGAUUCAGGUGGAGCGGACCAGGGAGCAGCAAACUCUGGACUUGCACAUGGGCGUUCCGUGGGAAACGGUGACCCUAACUGCCUUUGGCAACAACAAACAAAUCUAUUUUGACAUCCUGGAAGAGGCGCGGCAUUUGGCCCUGGAGGCCACCGAAGGCAAGACGGUGCUGUACACGGCGAUGGGCGCCGAAUGGAGACCCUUCGGACAUCCUCGACGACGACGUCCCACCGCCUCGGUGGUCUUGGACAGGGGCACUUCCCAGAAGAUAGUUGCCGAUUGCCAGGACUUUAUCAAGAGCUCCCUGUGGUACACGCAACGCGGAAUCCCUUACCGCCGGGGCUAUCUCCUAUACGGGCCUCCGGGCUGUGGCAAAUCCAGCUUUAUCACUGCCCUGGCUGGGGAGCUGGAGUACAGUGUAUGCCUGUUGAAUCUAUCGGAACGGGGCCUAACCGACGACCGACUUAACCACCUGCUAAACGUGGCCCCGGAACAGAGUAUCAUUCUUCUGGAGGACAUUGACGCCGCCUUUGUGUCGCGAGAGCAGAGUUCGCAGCAGAAGUCGGCUUUCGAUGGUUUGAAUAGGAUAACGUUCAGUGGACUCCUCAACUGCUUGGAUGGCGUGGGCUCGACGGAGGCUCGCAUAGUUUUCAUGACCACCAACUAUAUAGAUCGCUUGGAUCCCGCACUAAUCCGGCCGGGCAGAAUCGACCUAAAGGAAUACAUUGGCUAUUGCACGCCGUAUCAGUUGGAGAAAAUGUUCAAGAACUUCUUCGGUCACAGUGAGUCCACGAAGGCGGAGGAGUUCGCUAAAAGAGUAAAUUCCUUUGACCGUUCUGUGAGUCCUGCCCAAGUUCAGGGUUUCUUUAUGAAACACAAGUUAUCCUCGCCGCAGACAGUUAUUGAUUCGUGUGAAGAUAUUUGGGAGAAUGUUUUGGGCGACAAUAAAAAAAAUAAUUAAAAACUAA